GAUGCUCAGCAGUUUCAGGGUCUGAAGAACACAACAAUUUUGAAGGAUGCUUUUAACAGAACGCUGAAAUCUUAAUGGUCUUAGUUGUUCUCUACCUUUUAUCUGUCAAUCGAACUUCAUUGUUUGAACCUGGACCAAAGGUCAUAUCUUACAGUUAAGUGCUUCAUUGCCCUGAAAUGCAAUAUUACUGUGUACGCUCGAUGAGCAAAGAACAGCCUGAAGAAUUAGCUUCCAGUUCCCAUACAUUCAAGAACAAGACUUUCAAGAAACCAAAAACCUGCAGUAUCUGCAAACAACUCAUCAAUAGCAAUCAAGGCCUUUCAUGCAGGGUUUGCAAGUAUGCAUGUCACAAGAAAUGUGAGUCAAAGUGUUUCUUAUUGUGGAUCAGUAAAAUGUUUCUGUGUCAGGCAUGCACCAAAUGCCAUUGCCUCGCCAAGCCUCCAUUCGCAUGACGCUGAGGUGGGCCUGCCAGAAGAGAUGAGAUGUAGUACUGCUACUUGAAUUGAAACAGCAGCCUCUUUUUUAAAGGGGUUCCAUUGAACAGGUAGUUACACCAUGCUUGCCACCAGUCAACUAUGAGCUGCCUGAUACUUCGGAUGCAUUUGUAAGUCAUGUGAACAGUCCGGCACCAAAUAAUUAUCUGAAGAGCUCGUCUUUCAGUCACAACUCAUCUCAGAGUGUGGAAUCAGGUCACAUUAUGGAGGAAGGUUAUGAGCUUGAUCUGACUUAUAUUACGGAGCGCAUCAUUGCAGUUUCUUUUCCUGCUGGCUGUUCAGAAGACACCUACUUUCAUAAUCUGCAGGACGUAACACGGAUGCUGAAAUCCAAACAUGGAGAUAAUUAUUUGGUGUUUAAUCUUUCUGAAAGGAGGUAUGAUCUCUCCAAAUUGAACUCCAAGGUGAUGGAUGUAGGAUGGCCUGAUCUACAUGCACCACCCCUGGAUAAGAUGUGCACCAUGUGCAAAGCAAUGGAGACGUGGCUAAACAAUGACCCACUUCAUGUCGUGGUUAUUCAUUGCAGGGGAGGUAAAGGAAGAAUAGGAGUGGUUAUUUCAUCAUAUAUGCACUUCACCAAUAUUUCUGCAAGUGCUGAUCAAGCUCUCGACAGGUUUGCCAUGAAGAAGUUCUAUGAUGAUAAAGUCUCUGCCUUAAUGCAACCUUCACAGAAACGGUAUGUCCAUUUUUUUAACGGUCUGCUGUCUGGUUCGGUGAAAAUGAACACCACUCCAUUGUUCCUGCACUUUGUCAUUCUGCAUGGCAUUCCCAGUUUUGACACUGGCGGAGUUUGCCGCCCAUUUUUAAAGAUUUACCAAGCAAUGCAACCUGUCUACACUUCAGGAAUCUACAAUGUCGGGGCUGAAAAUCAAAGCAGAAUAUGCAUUUCAAUAGAGCCAGCACAACUUCUAAAAGGUGAUAUAAUGGUGAAGUGCUACCACAAAAAGUACCGUUCAGCAACGAGAGAUGUCAUAUUCCGGCUUCAAUUUCACAUCGGCUCUAUUCAGGGUUUUGGAUUUGUGUUUGGGAAAGAAGACCUUGACAAUGCCAACAAAGAUGACAGGUUUCCUGAAUAUGGGAAGAUUGAACUGGUGUUCUCAGCUAGCCCAGAGAAAAUACAGGGUUCCGAACAUCUCCAAAAUGAUCAUGGAGUCAUUGUGGAUUAUAACACUGCUGACCCAUUGAUCCGUUGGGACUCCUAUGAAACACUUACUGUUGAUGGCGAAGUGUCACACACCCAAGGCCCAAUUGAUGGAAGCCUGUAUGCCAAGGUGCGAAAGAAAAGCUGCUCUGAGGGUCAUAUUCCUACGGGUGGUACUCCUGUAACUGCUGGACCGGAACAGAUUGAACAUACACUGUCAGUCAGCAGUGACUCUGGAAACUCCACAGCCUCCAUAAGAACAGAUCGAACGGAGGAACACUUGCCGCCAGGCGUUAAACGAGGACUAAGCCUGCAAGAAAAAGCCGAGUUGGAUAGGCUUUUAAGUGGGUUUGGACUGGAGAAUUCAGUACAGUUGAAGGACAUGACUGAAACAAGAGUGAAGUACAGUGGAGUGCGUCAUAUUGUGCCAGCUCAAGUUCAUGUGAAUGGUGAACUGAAAGCAAAGGACAGGGAGACUGAUAUUUUAGAUGAUGAAAUGCCAAAUCACGAUCUGCAUAGCGUGGACAGCAUAGGGACUCUUUCCUCCUCUGAAGGCCAACCGUCAAACAAUCUGGGAAACUUCAGUUUUCACAAGAGCAGUCAGAACUCCCUGCUGUCAGAUGGAUUUGGAAGCAACACUGGAGAUGACCUGCAUAAUGCUGUUGUUCCGGACCUUGGUAUUGGAGCAGAUGCGGGUUAUGACAGAACAUUUGUUGGAGUUUCUGAGGGAAAGAACACCUUUCAGCGACCCAGAAACCCAGCACUGCCACCACAGCCACAAGCUUAUAACCAGAGUAAUUAUUCAACUCAAACCUGGGUACGGCAACAGCAGAUGGUUGCUGCUCAACAUUAUGCCUAUACAGCAGAAAAUGAUUUAAGGUUUGCAAUGGUGGGCACUACAGAAGAUUCAAACAGAAUGCAAACAGCAUUCAACCUUCCAGAUACUCCCACGCGAGGGUCAAGUAGCAGGGAUGCUGUGCAGAGAGGCCUUAAUACGUUAUCAGGGGACAGUAAAAUCCAAGACCGCCAAGACUCCAGUGUCAUGUUUGAGCAAGCUCACAAACCAUCUAAGAUUGGUCAAGUCGCUGAAGGUACAAGGUUGGGAUCGGAGGAGCAGGAUAUGUCAACUUCCCCAACGUUGGAUAUUGAUCAGUCAAUUGAACAACUCAACAAACUGAUAAUGGAUCUAGACCCCACGUUUGUGCCAAUUCCUACGCGUGUUAACUCUGUAAAUAAAGGCUCUCUUAGCAAGAGGGAUGUCGUCCUGGAAGGAAGCAACGGUGUGAAUUCAGGGACAGAGGAACAAACCCAGAGGGUCUCCAGAAGUGGCAGCCAACAAGGUCCACAAACAGACAGAAAUCACCUAACAUUAGGGAGGACCAGGAAGCUGGGUGUAGGACAAUAUGAACAAGGAGAUGCUAAUCUGCCAUAUGACCAGAGUGGUUGGAACAAAUCCUCUGACCCUUCCCACUCCAAUGGAGCAUUCACAACAGCAGAGCCAGGAGAGCUAAACAAACCAGGAUGUGAUGUUGGACAGGAUGAGGUGGAUGGCAGACUGUUAGUCUCAUCCUCUGCAAAUGAAAUGCCACCUCCCACACCAGCAUUCCCAGUCUCACCCCCAACUCCAUAUGUCAAAAUGUCUCAGAAUUAUUCUGGAAUUCCUGUGUAUGGAGUCGGAGAACAGAACAGCAACCCUGCUGAUGUCUACAGAAUUGUUCACGAAACCCAAAGUUACGCGGAUGGCAGUCAUCAUUCUGUAGGGGGCUCAGAUAACAGUGCAGCAGUGAACAGCGUUCUAUACCACACUGAUUCCCCAACGACUAGUACAUCUUACCAGCGAUCAUUUGGCUCGAUGUGCAUAGUCCCCACCAACAGCCAAGUGCCCAGGACAAACAGCCCACGAAGUUGGUUGGAGAGUGCCCAGAAAGGAGUGUUUUCUCCUCAGUCAUCAGUAACUGGGAUUAGUAGGUCAACAGGAUCACAAGUCGUCUCUUCGAACAACCAUUCAAUUCACGUGAAUGUUUCUGAGAGCCUCACUGCAAACCUGCGACAAGGCAAUACUGGAGCAACGUCUGCAAUGCACUCUUUGCCUGCUGAUUCUAGUAACCGGAACUAUGGUGUUAACAGUGUACUCCACAAUGAUGGAAAAACUGACAUUUCACAGAGCUACCCUGCAGGAUCAAGCAACACCAUUUUGAACAUGAACUCCCCUGUGACUAGUGUCCUGGCAGUUAAUGGGCAGCCUCAAAGUAAUACACCGCUAAUGCAUGAUGUUAUGGGUGUGACUGUCCAUCCCCCCUUGCCGGAAAAGAAAAGGAUUUCUGAGGGAGAUCAUUCACUUGUGUCCAUCUCACCAGCUUCAAGUGGCUUUUCAAGUCCACACAGUGGAAGUACAAUCAGCAUUCCCUUUCCCAGUAUCCUUCCUGACUUUUCCAAAGUUAUCAGUACCUCUGCUGCACAAGAUUCAAGUUCAUCAUCUGAAAAACAUGUCACUGUAAAAUUUGUACAGGACACAUCCAAGUUUUGGUACAAGCCAGAGAUAUCGCGUGAACAAGCCAUUACAUUACUGAAAGAUAAAGAGCCGGGAUCAUUUAUCGUCCGGGACAGCCAUUCUUUCCGGGGUGCCUAUGGUUUGGCAAUGAAAGUCGCUACACCUCCAGCUUCUGUGCUUCAGCAGAACAAAAAAGCAGCAGGAGACUUAGCAAAUGAGCUGGUCAGACAUUUCCUGAUUGAAUGCACCCAAAAGGGAGUACGAUUAAAGGGAUGUCCCAAUGAACCGUACUUUGGGAGUCUGACUGCAUUGGUUUAUCAACAUUCCAUCACCCCCCUGGCAUUGCCUUGCAAGCUGCUCAUCCCCGAUAGAGAUCCUUUGGAGGAUGGAAUUGAUGCGUCUCCACAAGCUGCCACCAACUCUGCUGCAGAAUUGCUGAAGCAAGGAGCAGCAUGUAAUGUGUGGUACCUAAAUUCUGUGGACAUGGAGUCACUGACAGGUCAUCAAGCAAUCCAGAAAGCAACAUCCGAAACACUAAUGCAAGCUCCACCUCCAGCUUCCACUGUUGUACAUUUUAAAGUAUCUGCCCAAGGCAUCACCCUGACUGACAAUCAAAGAAAGCUGUUCUUCAGAAGGCAUUAUUCAGUUAACACGGUGAUUUUCUGUGCUUUGGAUCCACAAGAUAGAAAGUGGACGAAAGAUGCCAGCUCAGCAAAGAUUUUUGGAUUUGUGGCAAGGAAGCAAGGGAGUGCCACAGACAAUGUCUGCCAUCUUUUCGCUGAGCAUGACCCGGAGCAGCCCGCCAGUGCCAUUGUGAACUUUGUAUCAAAAGUCAUGAUGGGGUCUCAGAAGAAGUAAUCAAAUUCUGAUCCUGCAAAAACCCGCCGUAAGAAUAAUAAAUGUUUAACUAAAAAACAAAAAAAAAAACAAGGCAAUAAUAAAUCGCAUCAAUGGUUGGUCGUGUUCAGAAGUUUUGUAUAUGUUGAAUGAUGGUAAGAGCAGGUUUGAAUUAUUUUAGAAUGGAGCAGAGAACUACAGCGAAUAGCUGGUUUUAGCCCAAACUGUCAGAAAGGAUGUAUGGCUCCUGUGAUUAUUGGUUAUCAGUUGAUCUUAUUUGUUAAGGUGAAGGGUCAGUGCUUUUAUUUUUAACUGCUCUGAGCAGGAGAAGCUGAACAGUUUUUAAAAAAAAAUCAGUAAAAUAUAAUAUAUAUUUAUUUGACACCAUAUCCUGUGUAGCUUAUGGCUAAUCUGAUGAUUGUACUUGUUGCACAUGUUUAAACAAAAAUGUGCAGUCGCAGUUUGACUGUCAAUUUUGUGUUUUGCAGCCUCCUCAGUGCUAGAAACCAUUUUACAAUGUGUGCAACACCUGUGUAUCAUUCCAGAGUCACUGGCAUUUUAGUAUAAGUAGGAUAGGUAUUAACAUUUAUGUAGAUCUAUUUUAUAUCAUUGCAAUUUUUGUUACAAUAAAUGAAAUCUGUAAGUAUCCAGUUGGGUAUGAAAUUCUUGCCAAAGUACCAUUUAACCAGCACUUUGAACUGCCUUGUUAAUGCGAGUUCAAUGAAUGAAUUCAACCCUUUCCCUCAUAUUAAACUAGUGUAUCCACCUGUGUUGCUUCCAGUGUUAACUAAUUGUGAAGACAAGUUUAAAAGGUUUUUACUUCAAUCAAUUAUCUGUAUUACCAAAAUCAUUUUAGUCAUUUUUGUCUGCUUUGCCUAGUCUGUAUGUUGUAGUAUUCUUAAAGCAUACUGUAAAAAAAUCUUGUAUCCAUUAUGUAAAUGAAUUAUGUUCUAUAAUUCUUUGUAUAGUCCUUUUCCAUUCUUUGAAACAAUCUGUUAAAAUUAUAAUAAAUACAAUAAAUUUUCAUUCUUUCA